AUGGACCCCUUGUGUAAUGGAGCCAAAAAACCUGAGGGUAGUGAUCCCACUGCAGACCCCCGGCCCCCUCCUGCCAAGCUGGCUCGUCUGGAACAAAACGGAGCGGGACCCUCAACCCAGGAGAGCAGCAGGCAAGGGAGUCCAGGGGCCAAAACCCCCUCCCUGGCCCAGAAACCCACCACAGUGAAGUCACAGGGCAAGAGCUGGCACACCAGAGGAAGCUUGCUGCCGGUGUUCUGUGUGGUGGAACACAGGGAAAGCUCUUUGGAGGGAGAGAGGACAGAAGAACAUGCUGAGUUUGUGUUAGUCAAGAGAGACCUGCUGUUUAACCAGCUGAUAGAGAUGGCCCUGCUGACCCUGGGCUACUCACACAGCUCUGCCGCGCAGGCCAAAGGUCUGAUUCAGGUGGGCAGGUGGAACCCGGUGCCUCUAUCUUGUGUAACAGAUGCUCCAGAUGCCACAGUGGCCGACAUGCUGCAGGAUGUUCACCAUGUUAUCACCCUUAAAAUACAGCUGCACAGCUGUCCCAAAUUGGAGGAUUUGCCAGCUGAGCAGUGGAGUCACUCAACGGUGAGGAAUGCCCUGAAGGAGCUCCUCAAGGAUAUGAACCAGAGCUCGCUGGCCAAAGAGUGCCCACUGUCCCAGAGUAUGAUAUCAUCUAUUGUAAAUAGCACUUACUAUGCAAAUGUCUCAGCUGCCAAGUGUCACGAGUUUGGUCGAUGGUACAAGCACUUCAAGAAGACCAAAUGCUUCAAGGAGAUUAACAGCUUCUCUGACCAGUCAACACAUAUCACCCUCACCCAGCAGCCAAUCACAAGUAGCCCAGCUGAUCAGAGCUCGAGCCUUCUUUUCCCUCGUGGAGGAGUAGCCAACAUCUGUGGCCGUUCCCCUCUCGGCCUUCAUCCCCCCGGGUUGGUAACCCAACCUCUCAACUGCCAAAUGGUCAGCCAGCAGCUAGUGAUGGCCCAGUUUCUCAACCAGCAGUACGCUGUUAGCCGCAUGUUAGCUGGCCAGGGUCUGUCGCCUGCCCCACAGCAGUAUCUCAACCACCCGCCUGUAGGGAGACCUCCUACACAGGUCUUUUCCAAACCCCCUGAUUCCCAAGGCCCGCAGCAGGCCCAGUGUGGCCCAGGGGGAGGCCCUGCAGCAGGGCAGCAAAACCAGACAUUGCCUGGGUCCUCUCUGGGGAUAUCGGAUGUGCCAAAUGAUAUCUACCACUGUGUGAGAGAGGAACUGAAGAGAGCAGGCAUCUCCCAAGCCAUCUUUGCCCGAGUGGCCUUCAACAGGACCCAGGGACUGCUGUCAGAGAUCCUGCGGAAAGAGGAGGAUCCUAAACAUGCCUCCCAGUCCUUGCUGGUCAACCUGCGAGCCAUGUACAGCUUCCUGCAGUUCCCCGAAGCUGAGAGGGAGCGCAUUUACCAGGAGGAGAAAGAGCGAAGCCUGACUGGAUUCACACCCAGCUGUAACAACACGCCACCAAGAUCCACACAGGCGAGACUGUCUCCAGUCACAACAGACAGAGGGUUGAGGACAGACAGUUGUGUUCUCAAUGUCAGCUCUUCUAUCUACGAGGAGAUUCAGCAUGAGAUGAAGAGAGCCAAGGUGUCUCAGGCCUUGUUUGCAAAGGUGGCCGCCUCCAAGAGUCAGGGCUGGCUGUGUGAGCUGCUGCGUUGGAAAGAGGAUCCCAGUCCAGAGAACCGAACCCUGUGGGAGAACCUAUGCAUGAUCCGCCGGUUCUUCAGCUUGUCCCAGACUGAACGUGAUGCCAUCUACGAACAGGAGAGCAUCAACACGACAGUACAGCAGCACUGCUCUGACAGGCUUACGCUGCUCAGCAGUGACAACACACUGUAUCAACGCCACUCUCCACUGCCACAGCAACACCAUCUUCAACCCCAUCAACCAUUGCAGCCCGAGACAGGACCUCACCUAUCUCCACGGCAACCAUGCACUGCAUCACCAGCUGAAUCUGAGGCCGGGGGCAACUGGGGGCACUUGAGAGUACGUUUGCAGGGCAGAGGCAGCAGCAGUGGUGAGAGAGUGGACAGUAAGGAUUGGGUUGAGGGGGGAAGAGGGGAUAGGGGGAGUUUGGGUGGAGACUGGGGUUCUACUGGCAUGGUGAUAGACAAGAGUACAGAAAGCAAGGAGCGGGAGAGAGAUGGAGAUGAGGGUGAGGAAGGCAUUAAUGAAAGCAAUGGAGACAGUAAAGAGCUCAAGUUUAAGGAGAAGCUCUCUGUGAUGUGGCCCGGUGUGAAGGAUGAGGACCAAGCAAGGGUUGGGGUUUGUGCAGAGGCAGAUAAUGAGGUCAAAGCAAGAGAUGAGGUUACAGGUGAGGGGUUAAAAGUGUCCCAUGAAGCUCUGGGUAUCCUGCAGAGCUUCAUCCAGGACGUUGGCCUCAACCCAGACGAGGAAGCAGUCCACACCCUUUCAGCUCAGCUGGGCCUGCCCAGACACACCAUCCGCAGCUUCUUCAACAGCCAGGAGCAUGGGCAUGGUCAAGACCAGUAUCAACACCAGAGCCAGAUCCAAAAACAUAUGCGAGAAAACCAGCAUGGCGACACAGACCCAAACCAGUCACAGGAAGUCAAAACUACUGAGGAACAAGAGCAGGAAGAUAAUGCAAAGGCUGAAACAGAAGAACAUGAGGAGGAGGAGGCAGAGAUGACUAUUUUGAAAGAGUUGGAAGUUGGCACUCAAACAAUUCCCCAUAUGAAGGAAGAGCGGGACAGCUACAUCUAG